CGCGCUACCUGAAUCGACUCACCCCGGGAUGCUGCAAUUGUUGACAAUGCCGGAGAGCGAGAGAGAGUGCCGCUACAGGAGUCAGCCCGAUCCCGCAUUUCGUACCCCGACACCCGUACGAACGGUGGUGGUGCCGCCGCGACGCCGUCGCUCUUCUUCGUCGGCGUAGAAAUUCGGACGUGUGGGCGCGUGCGCGUUCCUGCUGAUAGUCACGGAAGCCUCCACCCCCUCCCCUUGCCGCGCGCUCGUCGCCGUCGCCACCUACCUCCAGUGUCUCGCUCGCUCCACGGGGCCGGUUCGAGAGUUUCCAGCGAACGGCGUUAAAUGUGAUUUCUUCGGUUGAAGUAAGAAGAACCCGUGUGGCCGCGCUCGCUACUGCCAGGCAUCGUUUGCCCCCUCCCCCCUCCCCCUUGCGUCGCCGCCACUGCCGAGUAACGAUCGCGUGUGUGGAUGAUCCUGUCGGUCACCGAUUCUCGACAUAGUAUUACAGUCUGGGGCCCCCCUCUGGAACACUGGAUCGAACGGAGAAUUCGUGGACGACCGCCGCCGACGACGACGACGACGACGUGAUCUCGAGGGAUGUGCCGACGGUGAUCAGAGACUGUCGGCAGUGAUCGAUUUCGUAAAGGAUGAGAGCGAUGCGUGUCAGUGGCCACUGGGCUCCGUGCUCGGCCGAAAGAAACUGUUCCCCGUGAUCGUUGUCGCACGAUUUAUUUCGUUGUCCCGGUUCUGUGCCGACGUUCGCGAUGACGAUGUCCAUCCGUGAUCGUUGUUGACCGUUUCUUGUUCAGUGAUUUCUGUUUGUUCUCGCACCGCCGGUUUCUUCCCGUUUCGUAGCCGCGCGUAACCGGUUCGAUUCCGCAACACGAUGUCGUUACCGCGGGGUGUCGGGCUUGGUGUCGACGUGGGCCAACUGAUGCAGCACCAGCAGCAACAGCAGCAGCAUCACGUGCUACCGGCCGCGUUCUUCCUUCGUGCCAGUGCCGAGAGAUACCAAAGGACACCGAAGUGCGCGAGAUGCCGUAACCACGGUGUCGUGUCCGCGUUGAAGGGCCACAAACGGUACUGCCGUUGGCGGGACUGCGUGUGUGCGAAAUGUACCCUCAUCGCCGAGCGUCAACGUGUCAUGGCUGCCCAGGUCGCGUUACGGAGGCAACAGGCCCAGGAGGAGAGCGAGGCGCGCGAGUUAGGCCUGCAAUUGCAGUACAAUGCAGGCAGCUGCACCACCGCCCCCGUUCUCCCUGGCGCGGCGACCGCAACCACGCCAGCUGGCAGUCCACCCCCGCACCCGGGCCAUGUUGCCAGUCCGGCCGGAUUGGCAAUUCCAGCGGCGGCGGCAGCCGCAGCCGCGGCCGCGGCCGCUCACAUUCAAACGCAACUCCAUCAGCAACCCGAUUGCGGCCUGCUGCAACGGAAGAGGCUGCCGCAGGACGAGUACCGGCAGCCCAAGAUCGAGAAGCAGGAAUCGAUCGUCGGUGGAAUUGGAGGCACAAAGAGGUCGAGAAUCUCUGAGAGCACUACGGGAACAAUGCUCUCCACGAGCGACACCGGUAACGAAGACGACCGUGACUCCGACUCCGGCGGGGAACUUCUUGCCGACCGUCCAUUGGGAGUGCCGACGUCGGUGGGCAUGUCAGAGAACGAGACGAUAAGGAAGCGAUCCAGUAGUCUGAACGAUUCUGAGGAAGGAAGUCCGGAACCGGGUUCGCAGAGCCCGACGCACACACCGCCAUUAACGCCAGCCCUGACGCCGCAGAGGGAGGACACGCCGGCGCCCGAGAAUCUCAGCCUCCGCAAAAGCGGAAGUCCUCAGCAAACGCAGCAGACCCUCCAACCGGUGGAUCUCGUGCAACCUAGACCCAGCCCACCGUUACCUUCGCUGGCGGGUUGCGAAUCAUCGGCACUUGUUUCUCCUCGGAAAUUCUAUAAUGACUUUGUCGACCGACCCGUGACGCAAACGCUCGACAACAAAGGAAGAUGGAAUUUGUUGUUCCCGUUGCAGGCUGCAGCGACGGCGGUGCAUUUCCCUCCCUACGCACCCCUCUACGGUCCGGCGGCCAGCUCGCUCUACUGUUCUCCAGCCCUUUAUCAGCAUCAGCACCAUCAUCAUAUGCCGGAACCGCGAGAGAUCCAAAUGCAAAUGCAGAUGCAGAACAUCCAGCAGACCUGUGGGCUGCAGCUACAACAGCAGCAGCAACAGCAGCAACAGCAACAACAGCAACAACGAUCCCCCGUGGACGUUCUCCUGAGAGUCUUUCCGGGAAGACGGCGAGCGGACGUCGAGGCUCUGCUGCACCGGUGCAAAGGGGACGUAGUCUCCGCCAUGGAGGUGCUGGUCUGCGAGGACAGUCUUCAGCCGAAGUCCGCGUUCUCGCCUCUGGCAGGCGCCCUGGCGUCCGCCGCGGCUGCAUCCGCAUCGGUGUCGGCCGCGUACGCGACCCGCGCCGCAUACUGCACCACGCCGAUCCCCUCGACCAGACACAGGUUCCUCGCGGCGCCGUACGCCGGCACCGGUUACCUGCCCACGGUGAUCAAGCCGCCCAAUCAGAGCCUGCACGCGAACGGGACCGGCGACGCCUAUCGGGAGACCAGUCCCGACGACGCCAGCGACAAGACCAGCUACUCCGAGUGACCUGACGACGCGCUGCCCGUCACCUGGUCCUACCUGCAAUAGCCCUGGCACGACCGGAGGAGGGACUUCGUUCGGCGAAAUGGCGUUGCUCCGGAACUCGUACCCCUAUGGUGACCUGUCCCGAGACAUCAGCCUCUCGAGACCCGCGGUCCAGGUCCGGCUGCUUAUCAGAAUGUGAACAUUUCAGAGCAGUUCGAGACGCGCGAACGUUGGGGACGCGAUCGUCUGUCCGGAGGUUUGUUUCCUUGCAGAAUCGCGAAGUGCUGGAUGAGUAAUUGGAAUCAUUUUGAGCACCGCGGAAAGUGGUUCUCGGUCUUCCUCGACGAGGUGUAUCACCUUUGGAGGUGAAAUUAAUAUCCGAGACGAUUCUGCUUUAAAAUGAUUGCUCGAAGAAUCGUGGUUUUCCAUUUUCGAAUUCUUCGACUGCUGAUCGAAUUUCGGACAUUUCUUAAAAUAUUUAUGAAAUCACGUACUGAUACACGGUACUAAUUAGACUGCGGAUUUUAUGCGUUCACGAUCGAAACGAGCAGAUCAAAUACGAGACAGCAAAAACGUUUAGAGAAUUUACAAAUACUGUUGCAUUCUUUUUAACUCGAUAAUAGAAUUAAAGAAAGAAAUGUCUAUGCAGUUUCAGCAUUUUGCAAUUAACGAAGGCAAUUUUCAUUUUGCACGAACAUCCGUAGAUUAGUACCAACGAUAGGUAUUCUUUCAAACUUCUUGCAUUUUGCGACUAAUCUUUGGUGCGGCGAAUUCUUUCUCGCAGUCCGAAGUGUUCGCUUCAGCAGGUAAGGCGUUGCUUUCGAAAAGGUUCCUUUAUGAAGAUCGAAAUACAGUAAUGUCUCCCUUACCGACUUC